GUGUCUCUCGUACAAGUGGUCUGGUGCGCGUGCCCCCGUGGCGUCAGUUGGCCGCAGUUUGAACGUGAGGAGAUGCUGAGCGACAAACCACCGAUGACGACGCGACUCAGCUCAAUGUCGCCGGAGCUCGUCUGAGUGGAGUCAGCGGAACCUUGAGCGGACAGAGGAGCUGGCUAUUGUCCGUCAUUGGGAGUGUGUGAGCGGCUGCUGGAGGACUGACAGGCGGCGUAUUCUUCUCCUUCCUCCGCGUGUUUGUGUGUGUGUGUGGCAUGUGAUACAGAGACCGAGGCGUGUUUCACGGAUGUUACCGGGAGAAGGAAAAGAAGAAGAAAAAGAAGAGGAAGGCUCUCUCUUUUAUUGCAUGUGGUGUGUGUGAGCAGGAGCUGCUGCUGCUGCGGCGGCGUGUGUUUUAAUGGAGCUGCUGCUGCUGCUAGCUGUUGAAUGACGAACCUCCAGGGAAUAAGAUGAACAAUGAGUGUGGAGCUCAGCAGCGGAAGACUCGUCUUUGUUUUUAAAAAAAGCCCCACACAAGGCUUUUUAAUGUGACGGAAGAGAGGACUUCACACGUUGGAAAACGCUGGGAGGAUCAGUUCAGGCGCGGCCGGGCAACCCAACAAUGCGGAUUACCUCUUGACUUGUUUGCCUUUGUGUCUAUACAGCCUGUGUGUAUAAAGUGAAGAUAACAUUCACCAAUAGCCGUCUUCCUUUACCACUACCACCAUCUUAUUUUACUGUCCUGGGAGAGGAGACAGCCCGUUGACCUGAAGGACGAACCCCACAUGUGCACAGGUUGUCUGUGAACAGAGCAGCACAGACAACGAUGGCGAACGACUCCAUCAUACAAAGUGACCCAGGUGGGCUGUCGGUUCUGGAGCAGCUCGGUCUGGACCAGAACUCGGAUUUCUCAGACUCCAGUGUGCAGCAACUACUGGACGAGCAGCGCGAAAGGAUCCGCAGGGAGAUCCGCAAGGAACUGAAGAUCAAGGAAGGAGCUGAGAACCUGCGCAGGGCGACAACUGACAAGAGGAACGUUCAGCAGGUGGACAGUCAGCUACGGUCUUCAAACCGCAGGCUGGAAGAUCUGCAUGCUCAGCUGCAGGAACUGGAUGCCCAUAUUGUGGUGAAGGGAGGAGAGGAGAAUAAAGAUGAGUGCCCUCAGUCUCCCGGGGCAGAGAGCCGAACGUCAGCCCACAAGGUACGCAUCGCUGCCCUGGAGAGACAGCUCAACAUUGAGCUCAAAGUCAAACAGGGAGUCGAGAACAUGAUCCCCAUCUACGCCAAUGGAAGCACCAAGGAUAAGAAGAUGUUGCAGACGGCCCAGCAGAUGCUACAGGACAGUAAGACCAAAAUCGACAUCAUCCGCAUGCAAGUCCGCAAGGCUGUGCAGGCCACCGAGCACAAUGACGACACACAGAUUGCAGGUAACCAGGACGGGGUGGAGCUACGAAUUGAAGAGCUGAGGCAUCACUACAGGGUAGAACAUGCUGUUGCUGAGGGGGCCAAAAAUGUGCUCAGACUAUUGGGGGCCAGCAAGGUUCAGGACAAGAAAGCCCUGUCUGAGGCGCAGUCUCGCCUGAGUGAGGCGUCUCAGCGGUUGGACCUGCUGAGAGACUCUCUGGACCAGCGUCUGACGGAGCUGCCAGAGGACCACCCCAAGGCCAACAUCAUCAAAGAGGAGCUGGUCCUGGCCUCCUCCCCCGCCUUCAGCACCCGCCACGGGGCCCCCUACCUCCACAACCAGUACAGCACCCUCAACAAACCCUCACCCCUCACCGGUACCCUGCAGGUGCAGCUGCUGGGCUGUGUGGGGUUGCUGGAGGUGGUCCCAGGUCGCAAUAAAGGGACGGCCGUCAUGCUGCCCUGUCACAGCCCUGGAGACACAAGGUCUUUCAUGAGGGGUAGCAAGGGACUCUACGGACGGAGCGGCUCAGUCAGUGGGAAGACACCCAGCAAAACAGAUGAGCUCUCAUCUGAGGUGAGUGCUGUGCUGAAGCUGGAUAACACAGUGGUUGGCCAGACAGCCUGGAAGACUGUGGGAGAACAGUCCUGGGACCAGACCUUUACCGUCGAGUUGGAAAGGACGCGAGAGAUGGAGAUCGCAGUUUACUGGAAGGAUUACCGCUCGCUGUGCGCUCUGAAGUACCUGAAGCUGGAGGAGUUCCUGGACAACCAGAAACACAGAGUUCAGCUCGAGCUGGAGCCUCACGGCCUGCUGCUGGCUGAGGUGACCUUCUUCAACCCAGUAAUUGACAGAGUUCCUCGUCUCCAGAGGCAGAAGAAAGUCUUUUCUAAACAGCAAGGCAAGGCAUUCCUUCGGGCUCGUCAAAUGAAUGUUGAUAUCGGGACAUGGGUGAGGCUGCUUCGAAACGCCAUUCCUACAGUCAACAACUCAGGAACCUACAGUCCCAACGCUCACAGUCUUAACUCUGGGGAGAUCUCUAUGGAGAAGUUGAGUCUGGACAACGACUCUCCAGUAAGAGGCGAUUACAAGAGCGACACGGACACACAGACACCGGUGAGACAGACAGAGACAGAGGACGCCCAGGAAAUGGGGGAGGAUCAGCUUCCAGUCAUUGAGCCCUUCUCCCCCCCAGACCUCACCCCCGACUGCCCUGUCCGAACGCCAACCGUUAGCAGUAAGCACAGAAAAGGUCCUCUGUCCCUGCAGGACUUCAGGCUGAUCGCUGUGUUGGGCAGGGGACACUUUGGGAAGGUUUUGUUGUCAGAGUACAAGAAAACCGGCAAAAUGUUUGCCAUCAAAGCCCUGAAGAAGGGAGAUAUCGUAUCCCGGGAUGAGGUGGAGAGCCUGAUGUGCGAGAAGCGCAUUUUUGAGACCGUGAACAUGUCGCACCAUCCCUUCCUGGUCAACCUGUUUGCGUGCUUCCAGACAUCAGAACACGUGUGUUUUGUCAUGGAGUACACAGCAGGAGGCGACCUGAUGAUGCACAUCCACACAGACGUCUUCACAGAGCCAAGAGCUGUGUUUUAUGCUGCCUGCGUGGUUCUUGGACUGCAGUUCCUUCAUGACCAUAAGAUUGUGUACAGAGACCUCAAGCUCGACAACCUGCUGCUCGACACAGAUGGUUAUGUGAAGAUCGCUGACUUUGGACUGUGUAAAGAAGGAAUGGGUUACGGUGACCGUACCAGCACCUUCUGUGGGACCCCUGAGUUUUUGGCCCCUGAGGUCCUGACGGAUACAUCCUACACCCGAGCAGUGGACUGGUGGGGACUGGGGGUCCUCAUCUAUGAGAUGUUGGUGGGAGAGUCUCCGUUCCCAGGAGACGAUGAGGAGGAGGUGUUUGACAGCAUUGUGAAUGAUGAAGUACGCUACCCACGCUUCCUCUCCACUGAGGCCAUCGGCAUCAUGAGAAGGCUAUUAAGGAGGAACCCAGAGAGAAGACUGGGCUCUGGUGAGAAGGAUGCAGAGGAGGUGAAGAAGCAGCCAUUUUUCAGAAAUGUGGACUGGGAGGCAUUGCUUCAAAGGAAGGUGCCCCCUCCCUUCAUGCCCUCCAUCCGCAGCAAAGAAGACGUCAGUAACUUCGAUGAGGAGUUCACCACCGAACUUCCCACCCUCACGCCCCCCCGGGAGCCCCGCGUGCUCUCCCGCAAAGACCAGGAAAGCUUCCGGGACUUUGACUACGUCUCAGACCUCUGCUAGAGGACCUGUCGCCUCGCACACCUUGAGGAAUGUUCGGGCUUCAUGACGGCUUCCGUCAGAGCGGGCCGACAGUCCAGUCUGACUGUCCACUGACUGUUUGUCUGCCAUUAAUUACACUGUGAAUGAAUGUGGAGAGACAGAAAGAAGUCAGUCUGUUUUUUUUGUGAAGGUUUUAAAGAUUGAGAGCGGAGGAAGUAAAGGUUGGGACAGAUAGCUGAUGGGGUUAAAUGUUCUCUCAUGAACGAAGGAUGAACAAAGAGCCCCUCUACAAUCAUUGUACAACACACCAGUGAAUUGUGUAUCUUACAAACAUUAUUGUUGAAACAUGCCUCCUCCCAUCCUCUUACGUGUCAGUGUCGUCACCUGUGCAGCUGUGAGGGGACGAGCUCUUUUUACUGUUGACUGUUUGGAGGUUACUCAGUGGCCUCUUAUACCGAUGCCUUACAUUUGUACCUGUGUUUUAUCCACGGAAAAGCAUUUUGUUUUAAUUUUGUGGAGGGGCGACAUGCUGCAGAAAUACUCUGAUCCUUUUAUUAUAAAAGAAGAUUUGCUCGCUAGAGUGGAAUCCGAGAUGUUCAGAGUAAAUACAUGCUCGGAGCUUUUCCAGCAGCCGUAUCCUGACGACCUUCAUCCCUGCAGACUUGUGCUCUGCGUAUUAUGAGUUAACUAUAGGGUAAAAAAACCACUGUCUGAUGGUGGACUUUUAAAGUGUCAUAUUUGAUGACUGUCAAUGCGUUGUUCAAUACCCUGCAUUUACUGAAUAUGUGCUAUUUUUGGGGGAUGUUUGGGUAUUACACACAUUUGAUAUAAACGUGUAGCAAACACACACACACACACAACCAUUGGCGCUGGAGCUAUGUUGCAAACGUUAUUACAUUUUUUUUUUUAUUGAAAAGAAAUAACUGAACACUAAGACUUGAAAAAGAAGAGCUUGUCCUUCAUGGGUUUGAGACACAUUCAUCCUGUUUUCUAGAUGUUACCGACUUUUGUUAACAUGAAGGAGGUGAUUACAUCAGAGUUAAAACUCAUCAAUCACUGGCUGUAGCAUUGUUUUAAUGACUGUUUUUAAGAAAUCUAGCCAACCACAGGUUAAAAUCUGCCUGCUGCAGGGUUUGAUUUUCAUCAGAGCGAUACAAUUAUCUUUCUUCUAACUGAAACUUACUUAUAUCUUAGUACUGUUUUUGAAAAAUCUUGGUGGCACCACAAUCCAAGCAAACCUCACCAGCCACUUUUCCACAGUAGAAUGAGUUGGAGAGUUUGCUGCAGUGCACUCAGCCUUAGAUCCAAGCAAACAGGUUCUCUUAGCAAUACAUUUCUACAAGACAACUAUCAUCUGAGGGAAGUGUUGGAAACAUAUGAGCCAGUGGUAUAAAUGUCUCACACUUAAAUAUUCCUGAGUACACGAGACGUUUGAUGUGAAGCUGGUAUGAUGGUGUCGAUUUAACCUUCUCUUGUGUUAGACAAUACAAAACCAUUUGAGAGCAUGAGAUGACUCAUUUUAUAAAGAAAGUCUGGAUAGAAGCUGUUUGAUGUUCAUGGGAGAUUUUCAUUCACGUACAGAUACGGGAGAGUGAAGACGAGAAUCCUGCAAUAACACGUCGGAUACAUUUCAGUAAAACAAAAACACUACUCAAUGUC